AUGACUGUAGCAUCGGUGAUCAAUUACGGUGAGGAUCCUUUGCAAACAAUCAAAUUCUUUCAUUUUGAUAAAAAUAAUAAACACACCCUCAUAUUUAUACAUGGUGGGGCUUGGAGAGAUCCUAAUAACACAUAUGACGACUUUAAAGAACUAAUUAACCAACUUCCAACCGACAAUACCAACUAUAUUGGCUUGAACUACAGACUCUCGCCGGAAGUCAAACAUCCAAGUCACCUUGUUGACGUCGUACAUGCUAUAUCAUUCUUAGAGAAGGAGCAUGGUAUCCACAAUGCCCUGCUUGUGGGACAUUCUGUCGGAGCUACACUCAUAUUGCAAUUGCUCAUGUACCAGACCUUACUAGGGCAGAGCCUUGACAUAAAUCCGCCCACCAUCAAGCUUGACUCCCUCUUUUUCAUUGAUGGCAUUUAUGACAUUGCAGACCUUGUGGAUGAGUACCCAGACUAUAUUCUGUUCGUGAACGAAGCUUUUGCAUCUGAGGACGACUACGUGGAAGCAGUGCCCUUAGCUGGAAAGUUUAGAAGGACGCCUUUUGAAUUGGAGUUCAAGAAAGCACAUAUAUUGCAAUCCCUUGAAGAUGAACUACUCAGUGAGAGACAACUGGAUAUCUUCGCGCUGUUUCUUCAAGAGAAGGAAGUACCGUUCACUGACAGCAGAGGGAACUGGGGUAAACAUGAAGAAGUCUAUCGGAGGAAGGAAAUCGCUGAAAUAAUUUGUCUGGAUCUUAGUAAUUAA